AUGGCUUCUUACGCUGAGCCUGGUGAACCCUCACCUACACCGUUACCUCAAUCUUUCCAUGUUUCUGACCUCGCGACUGAUAAGAGGAGGUUACUUGUCAUAUACAUCCAUGGGUUUUGCGGGAGUGAAGAGUCUUUUGGUCAGUUCCCUUCUCAUGUCCACAGCUUUCUCAAACAAGCCGUCGGUGAUACCUACGUCGUCUAUUCCAAGAUAUACCCACAGUACGAAACGCGUAAUUCCAUGGAUAUCGCGGUAGAAAACUUCAGCCGUUGGCUUCAGCCACAUGAGAACUCUCAAACAGAUGUCAUUCUGGUAGGACACUCCCUUGGUGGCCUUUUGGCUGCUCAGGCUGCUCAGCUAAAAGAAUCCCUCUGUUUGGCUAACCAGCAACGCCAUUCUAUAAUCGGCACAAUGUCAUUGGACUGUCCGUUCUUAGGUCUUAACCCCGGCAUUAUCAUGCCUGGCAUCAUAUCUCUGUUCCGCCCUAAUAAUACACAAAUCGAACCAAAGGCUCAAUUUUGUGAGUCGGACAUGCUUGAGUCGCAGUACUCCUCCUCAUCUCGACUUCUACCCUCGAAUUCAUCCGCAUAUUUCGUGGAUGCGGGCUUCAAUCCCUCCUUCUUCAACGACAACCAAGUGCGGCCGAGCAGACUAUCAUCCGAGCCCGAACUUAUGCAGUCUGUUUGGAACGGCGGCAUCCAGGGCUGGCUACGUGAAAUCAUUGCCUACUUUGCUUCCCACUGGGCAUAUGGACGUUGUCUGAGGCGUCCCUGGACAUUGAGGGUUAGGUACCACGAACUACGAGCUCUAGAGGGUUCUAAUGAGUUUCCUGCAGCAUACCAAAAGCAUAUUACACAAUCAGGAGAUCUCGGAAGGCGGCAAGGAAUCCGAUUUCUCAAUUUCUUCACUGCCUGCACACCACGGCAGUAUUGUCAGCGGUCGAAUAUUCCUUCAUGGGGUAGGGAUACAGACAAGCAGCGCUUCUUUGAGCAAGCAGGAAAAGAUCACAGGUUAGGUGACCUUUGCAGCAACCCAGAUUCCGAUAAUUGGGGCACUGAGGUAGAGAGCCUACAGCCCUACAAGCAAUCUACCACUGAUAUUCUGUCCCUGCAGGAACGGAAGAAUAACGAGGCAUUCAAACUUGUCGGCCAUCGCUUGAGACUACGUCAGUCUAUCAACCCUUUGCAUUACUUCCGCGCGCUCUUUUCAUACCUAGUGGGGUUCCUUCAACAUCUGUUAUCACUAUUUCAAGAUUCUCCAGAAAGCCACUGGAAAUCUGCAAAAGAACGACUGACUGUCGAAGGUGGAGUGGACAGGCAAGGUGUGGUAAAACCGGAUGAGGGGCGCACAUUCUGCAUUCUUCCGCCGGAGGCUGAUCCCACGUGGGUGCGUAUUUCCAUGGAGGGCACAGAUGAAGUUGGCGCGCAUUGUAGCAUUUUCGUUGAGACCGGAUCGCACUAUGAGAGGUUGGUUCUUCACAUGGGCAAAGAGAUCGUACAAUGGGUGCACGAUUGUGGUAUCAGUUGA